AUGUCCUCUGUAUUUACUAGGUUUUGCAAAGACUUGAUCACUAAGUUUAUCGAAGAGGAUUUCCAUGGGGCUGUGGCUAAGAUGACAGUGCUUGAUGCUUUCCUUUUCUGGAUUGUACAUUCCAUUGACAAGAAGCGUCUAUGGCACAGGCUGCCUGUGAUUUUGGGUCUCGGUUACCUGGGAAUACGUAGACACCUUCAUAACGUCUAUAGUUUGCUCAAUGUUGGUCACCAGAUCGGUCACCAGAUCGGUGAAGGCUUCAACCCGGCUGACUAUCCGUACAGGACAGCAGAUGGAAGGUAUAAUGAUCCCUCCAAUGAGUUUGCCGGCAGUGAAAACUCUUUCUUUGGCAGAAACGUAAUGCCUCUUGAUCAGAAAGAUAAGUUGAUAACACCACAUCCUGCUGUAGUGGCUGCAAAACUACUGGCAAGGAGAGAGUACAAGGAUACAGGAAAGCAGUUCAACAUGGUUGCAGCUUCUUGGAUUCAGUUCAUGAUCCACGACUGGAUUGAUCAUUUGGAGGAUACCAAGCAGAUAGAGCUUAUAGCACCAAAAGAGAUUGCCAGCCAAUGCCCUCUGAGUUCUUUCAAGUUCUACAUGACCAAGGAAGUUCCAACUGGUUCCUCAGACAUCAACACUGGUACCCUGAACACACGUACAUCAUGGUGGGAUGGAAGUGCUAUCUAUGGACAAAAUGCAACAAGGUUGCAGAAAGUAAGAGAGUUGAAAGAUGGGAAGCUGAAGAUAGCUGAAAAUGGUCUUCUACCCCAUGAUGAAGAUGGGGUGGCUUUAUCAGGAGACGUUCGUAGUGCCUGGAUUGGCACGUCUACCCUGCACGCCCUCUUCGUCAGAGAGCACAAUGCUGUCUGUGACAUGAUCAAGAAAGAAUAUCCAGAGAUGGUAGAUGAGGAACUAUACAGGCGGGCAAGAUUGGUGACAGCUGCUGUGAUUGCCAAGGUUCACACCAUUGAUUGGACUGUCGAGCUCCUGAAAACUGAUACAUUACUCGCUGCAAUGCGAACAAAUUGGUACGGAUUCCUGGGGAAAUGGUUCAAGGACACAUUUGGCCACAUUGGAGAUGCUCAACUGGGAGGUCUUGUUGGUUUGAAGAAGCCAGAAAAUCAUGGAGUUCCAUACUCCUUAACAGAGGAUUUUGUCAGUGUAUACCGACUACACUCUCUUUUGCCUGACGAAUUCCUUGUCAGGGACAUUUCAACUGAACCAGCUCCCAACGAAUCUCCACCUGUAGCCAAAAAGCUGCCGGUUUCAGAGUUGAUAGGCUCAAAUGGAGAGAAGGUUUUAUCAGAAAUAGGGUUCACUAGGCAAAUGGUCUCCAUGGGUCACCAAGCCUGUGGGGCUCUUGAGCUAUGGAACUACCCAAAUUGGCUUAGGAACCUUACACCGGAGGAUCCCAAUGGCAGAGACAGGCCUGAUCAUGUCGACCUGCCAGCCCUUGAAGUAUAUAGAGACAGGGAGAGGAAAGUUCCGAGGUACAAUGAGUUCCGCAGACGCCUGUUGAUGAUACCAAUAUCGAAAUGGGAAGACCUAACGGACGACAAGGAAGCCAUCCGAGUGCUCACUGAGGUUUAUGGCGAUCGAAUUGAGGAACUGGAUCUUCUAGUCGGCCUCAUGGCAGAGAAAAAGAUCAAAGGAUUCGCCAUAAGCGAGACUGCGUUCUUCAUAUUCAUCCUCAUGGCUUCAAGGAGGCUGGAGGCUGACAGGUUCUUCACAAGCUAUUUUAACGAGGAAACCUACACAAAAAAAGGGCUCGCAUGGGUGAACACUACGGAGUCUCUUCGAGAUGUGAUCGAUCGCCAUUCUCCUGGAAUGACCAAGAAAUGGAUGAACUCUACUAGUGCAUUUACUGUCUGGGAUGCGCCUCCACAGCGCCAAAGCUGGAUUCCUCUCUAUCUCCGGAUUCCAGGAAUUAUGUGACAUCUCUAGCUGUUAUUGCUGGUUUCCAAUUGUUUCAUAAAUAAAAGCUAGCAGAAAUGUUGUGUGUGAUACCAAGAUCAGUGUUUGGUAUUCGUUCAUUGGGGGUAAUUUGGACCAGCAGGAACCAUGUUAUGCUGGUGGACUGCAGGUGCUUCACUUGUCCCUGUACUUGUGGUAGA